AUGAAUACACCAAUGAAUGAAAAGUCGGCCGAAAAGCAGUGUGAAAAAUUCCAGGAUGGAAUAGGCCCGCCUCAGAAAAAACACAUUUCACUAAAAAAAUCAAUCGCACUGGUUGGAAUUUGCAUUUUGUUGAUGAUCCAACUUCUGGCCAUUAGGUACGCGGUGAACAUCUCGGUGAUUCAGCUGACGGCAGCAAGCAGCGAGACCCCGUCAAGAAGUUUUUUGCCGAGGGAUGUGCUAGCCAAGGCAUACCUCGCAGCACUGGAAGAAAAUCUCGCGGGCAAUUGGUCGCGGCAGUACGGCAGUGAGGAGCAGCUCGCGGGCACAAAUGUGGCGAUGGCAAACUGGACGAGGGAAAAAUUCAAGCAGUUUGGCUGGGAUGCCCGUGUGGACGAAUAUUUGUCGUACGUUUCGUAUCCGGGGGAGCAGGCAUUGUCCCUUGUGGAGAUGAGGGGGGAAGAAAAUGAGAAAAGGGGAGAGGAAAAUGAAAGAGACAAUGAAAAAGGCAUCAAGGAAGGCAAUGUGGAAAGGAUUGAAAAAAACUUUGAAAAAAGCAUUGAAAAAGCUGAGAGCAGAGAAACUAACAAAGAAAGCAACAAAAGAGCAGAAAAGAGCCAAACUGAGGGCACAUAUAUUCAUCUCGGUACUCACAUCCAAGAAGGCACAAUUAUUCACAAUGCGUCUUUCCUGGAGGACGCAUACGACCAAGAUCAGUACUCGCAGAAUUCGCGGCCUGCCUUCUUGGGAUACUCGGGCUCCGGAGAUGUGACCGCGGAGUAUGUUUUUUGCAACUACGGCACGCGGGAGGACUUUGCAACGCUUGAGCAGCUCGGUGUGCCCCUUGCCGGGAAGAUUGCCGUGAUGAGGUACGGCCGGAACUUCAGGGGCCUCAAGGUGAAAUUCGCACAGGACCAUAACAUGACGGCGGCAUUGCUUUUCAGCGACCCGGUGGACGAUGGCAAUGUGACGGUGGCAGGUGGCGUGAAGGCAUACCCUGAUGGCCCUGCGCGGAACCCUAGCUCGAUUCAAAGGGGAUCAGUGCAGUUUUUGUCUAUUCUCCCGGGAGAUCCCACCACCCCAGGGUACGCGAUUAAGCCAGGCGAGAACAAGUCGCGGUCCGAUCCGUACUACGCCUUGCCGCGCAUCCCUGCGCUCCCACUCUCUGAGCGCGACGCGACUGCCAUAUUAGGCCGGAUUUCUGGGCACGGACCGCGGGUUGCGGGCUGGAGCGCAGGGCUCAUCUCGGGCUUCGACUACUCGGUUGGGCCAAAUCCGGCAUUCCGCCUCGCCGUGCACUCCCACCAAAACGCCACAAUUGCAACAUUGCAUAAUGUGCUUGCGCGGGUCGAAGGACGGAACAAAAACGAUGUUAUCGUGAUUGGAAACCAUAGGGACUCAUGGACACCGUCGGCGGGCGACCCGCACUCGGGAUCUGCGGUGAUGCUGGAGUUGGCGCGCGGGCUCGGUGAUUUAACCAAAUUGGGAUGGAAGCCGCAGAGGACGAUCGUCCUAGCCAGCUGGGACGGUGAGGAGUACGGGCUUCUCGGAUCGACUGACUUUGCCACAUACUACGCGAAAAGACUCCAGGCAAACGUUGUGGCCUACAUAAACAUGGAUGCAGCGGUCACAGGCCCUAACUUUAACCUUGCAGCCUCACCGAUGCUCUACGAGGUUGUGCAGUCGGUUGCGUCGGAACUUCCCUAUUCAGAAACGAGGACUUUGCUCGACCAUCUCCGCCAUACACACAAGGGGACUUCUGUCGUCGGGAACUUGGGAUCUGGAUCUGACUACACGGUCUUUCUUGAGCGUCUCGGCAUCCCGGCGGUUGACAUGGGAUUCCAGUCGGCGAAAAACUCUCCUGUGUACCAUUAUCACUCCAUUUACGACAAUUACAACUGGAUGACUCGGUACGGCGACCCGGGAUUCAAGUUGCACAACCUCCUUGCACGGUAUGCCGGGCUCUUGGUGUUGGACAUUGCGGAAACGAAGGUGCUCCGUCUCAAAACUGCAGACUAUGCUGUGAAGUUGACAGAAUUCUCCGAUGCAAUAUUUGCAAAAGUCCCCGACAGCUGGCUCUACACUCCAGCUUUUGGUCCUGGAUGUCCAUACCACAGAAAUGUGACCGUGAGGCAGAUUAUCGACAACACGAAGAUCAGUCUUGCAAAGAUGCUUGCGAAAAAUCAGGCCUUCGACAAGGCUGCUGAGUUGCAACAGCACCGAUACGAUCACUGGGAUGACCUCAGCUUCUGGGAAAAGGUCAAGUUGGUGGUCUCCAUAGCGAGAACUAACCGGGUGCUAAAGUACUACGAGCGGCGCUUUUUGUCGAAGCACGGCUUACGUAACAGACCCUGGUUCAAGCACGUUGUUUUUGUGAGUGGUAGAUAUACGGGAUACGCCGGGCAGCAGCUUCCGGGUAUGGCCGAGGCAUUGGAGGAUGGGAAGCAGCAUGAUUUCGUGCACGAGUUGGUGAAGUUCGAUAUGUUGGUUUCUUCUCUUGCCAGGUGA